AUGUCCAAACCUGAGAAGUUGCAGAACCACUUCCUACCUCUAGAUCUGCGACAGUGGUCUACGGCUGGUCAAAGGGAUGGAAUUCAGGAGGGUUCGGAGUGCACCAAGUGUAAAAAUGACUGGGCACUGAGGGCGGCUAUAGCACUGCUAUAUGUGCUCUGCACCCUGCUCACCAUAGCAGUGGCCGUACUCGGAUACAAAGUGGUCCAGAGGAUGGACAAUGUCACACAGGGCAUGCAGAAUUAUGGAGGCCAGAUAAAUGCAGUGGAGACAGACCUGAAGAAACUAGAUGAUCAGGCUGGAGACAAGUCAGGUAAUGCCACAAGUAACAUCAAUACUUUUAAGUCAGACCUGGAGGCUUUACAGAACCAGCUGAAUGACAUUGCUCUCAGGGCAACCAGAAACAGAGACGCGCUGGAUGAGCUUCAGAUCACAGGAGAUGACAUGCAGAAUGGACACGUCUCCCUGCAGAGUUUUAUACAAGGCAACGAGGCCUCACUGCGUGGGGUCAACCAGACCUUGACAUCCUACAGCGGCAUGAUUGACAACCUCCAGACAGACACUGCACGGCUCCAGACGGAGAUACAGGGCCAGGUCAAAGUGCAGAGCCAGACCCAGGUUAGUAUCAGUUCGCUGAACAUCACCCAGUCCCAGCAGCGCAAUCUGCUCGGCACGCUGCAGAAGACGGUGGAAGACGCAGGCCAGGCGGUGCAGAAACUGAAGAAUGACUAUCAGGGUCUGCAGCAGACAGCCUGGCAGACGCGGUCUGACACGGAGUGGCUGAAGGAGAAAGUCCAGCACCUGCAGGUUUUGGCAGCUAAUAACUCAGCCAUGGCCCAUUCAAACGGAGAUGCUCUGGAUGAUUUGGGGGCUCAGUUCAAUACCCUGACCAGCCAGAUCCAGAACACCUCGGCUCUCAGUGAGGAGCAAGGCCAGAGCCUGCAUGAGCUGAUGGACAGCCAGAGAGACCACGAUGACAUCACCUCAUCUAAGUUUGAUGAGGUGGAAGCGCGGUUAGACAGACAUGAGAAUGACAUGGACCGUGUGACCGGAAAUGUGAGCUUCACCUCGCAGCUCCUCGGUGCCAUCAGCUUUAAGCUGAACGGCCUGAGGUCCUGCGCUGAGACAGUGAUGAGACAUUCAGACAUUUUAGUGGGGCUGAAUGAUAGUGUAACAGAGGCCAGCGAAGACAAUAAAGAGCUUCGCGCACAGCAGGAUGUGCUGGUGUCCAGGCUGGACCAAGAGGUCAACAACCUCUCCAUUGUGAUGGAGGAGAUGAAGCUGGUGGACAGCAAGCAUACACAGCUCAUCACCAACUUCACCAUCCUGCAAGGUCCGCCAGGUCCAAGGGGUCCCAGGGGUGACAAGGGUUCCCAGGGGCCAGUGGGUCAGUCAGGACAAAAGGGCGAUAAAGGAGACAAAGGGGUGCUGGGAUUGGUGGGAUCUAAAGGAGAGAAAGGUGCUGCUGGUCUACCAGGGGCAACAGGUUCAAAGGGUGCAGCCGGGCCUCGGGGUCUUCCCGGGGCCAAAGGAUCGAGAGGGUCUGGGGGCCGACCUGGAAAUUCUGGUGAAAAGGGCAAUGCGGGCGCUCCUGGGGUUCCUGGUAGGGAUGGACUGGCAGGGCCGCAAGGAACUCAAGGGCCACAGGGGCCCAGAGGAGCAGCUGGUCCUGCAGGGCUGGAAGGACCUCGUGGGCCCGUCGGACCCAUCGGCCCCCCCGGUCCUCCAGGACUUCCUGGGUUACCUGCAUAUAGACCUCCAACUCCAAAUCCUCCAAAGCCCCCACAGCCCACUAAGCCAGCUAAGGUCCCUCAACCCCCCAAACCACCUCAACCUCCAAAACCACCUCAGCCUCCAAAACCACCUCAACCCCCCAAACCUCAACCCUCAAAAGCAGCAGAGGUAACUGAGGGCACCGUGUCCCGGCAGACCCAGGUCAUUGAACCAGCGCCUGGUUGUCCAACUGGGUACAGAAGGGUUCGAGACAGCUGCUAUUACAUCUCCACUCAGAGGCUCAACUUUGAAGAGUCCAAACAGUUCUGUACCAACAUGUCAUCCCUGAUGCUCAUUAUCAACGACAACGACGAACAGGAAUUUGUAAAGGAUGUAACUGCAGGAAGAGGCUAUUUCUGGCUGGGCCUUACUGACUUGGAGGAGGAAAAUGUCUGGAAAUGGGUGGAUGGAACCUUACCUGCUUUCACGAAGUGGAAGCCCGGUCAACCUGAUAACUGGACCCAUGGCCAUGACAAAGGCGAGGAUUGUGCUGGCCUCAUCCAUAACGCCAACUGGAAUGAUUUCUACUGCACCGACCGCAUCGGCUUCAUCUGUGAACGUGCCUCGGUUGACCUGGUAGUUCCUGUUUUAUAGCAUCCAUGUCUGACAGUGUGAGCUGUCUUUGGGAGAAAAGUGAAGAGGCUGAAGAUGAAGAGGAUAAUGAAGGACAAGAGGAGGAGCUCUAGAUGACUGGAGGACUCUGAUAAUGCCAGACCAGUCAAGCAUCACUGACACUCAGACUGGUCUUUGUCUUAAAGGCACUUUACAACACAUCGUGGUGCAAAAUUCCGAGCAGGCCCAGACCAAGCCGACUUUUUAUGAUUUAGUGCUGAAGGAUUCAUGUGAACGUACGUUUUAUUUAGCCGAUACUUAUUCAUUUUUUUGGGCAGCCUCUGUUGUACAGGUGUAUCUGUAAAUAGUUUAUCACAAAAGAUACCAGAAAUCAUUGUUUUUUGCGAUUUAAUUUCAUAUUGUUUUAUUUCCUGGCUGCCUUUUCUAUCUUCACACUUACAAAAUAAAAUGUAUCUACAUUAGAGGAUUUUGUUGUUAAUAAAAUGAACUAUUUUUAUACUGUCAAAUACUUUUCAGAUUCAGAGCAUUGAUUAGAAAUAAGUUCUCUGGUAAAUGAUGAGCACCAAAUUAGUAUUAGAAAAAGAAUGCAAACUCUCAUGAUAGGUAGAAAUGAAGUUAGUGUAUAUUUCACCUUUAUACAAACUAAGUAUCAAUGUAUUUUAUUUUGCUUAUUGAGAAUAGUUGCUCAAUAUGAGAAGUGCUGCUGUUUUAUGAAGGACAGUGUUUUUAGACUUUAGACUGCCAGUAAGAGGCACACAUUAACAAUAUGUACAUUUCUUGUGAAUGUGCCAUUGUACAGUACAAUGAUGUAUUCAUUAUGCUAAAUAGUGUAUGUGAAGUAUGUUACACUUUUAUAAUUUGCAUAAUCAUAUCCUAUUGUUGUAUGAUCAACCUUUUCUAAUUCAAAAUAUGCUUAAAGACUGAGUAGCAGUUUGUAAUCUGUCUUAAUGAUCAGUAUGCCUGAAUGAAUUUACCAAGUUCCUAUGGAUCACAAUAAAAUGAGAAAGAAACUG